AGCUAUUUCCGGGUUACGUCUCAGUGAGAACCUUGCUAAGCAAGAUGGAUUAUUGGAAUGAACCCAAGGUGUUAUAUGAGGUUUUUUAAAUAAACACGCUUAUUCUUGAAGCUGAUGUGAAAUGGCAGGGGUGUUUCUAGCCACACUCUACGAGUACUCUCCGCUCUUUUAUAUUAGUGUGGUGUCGCUUUGUUUCGUUGUAACCGCUGCUAUGGUCCUCGGCUGGUUUGGCUUUGACGUUCCAGUUAUACUUCGCAGCUAUGAUGAGCAAGAGCCCAGCUUACCAGCCGCUGAGAAACAGAUGGUUCAGGUGACCAAUCCCUUCGCCCUGGAGUUGGGUUCUGGAUCAGCAAGUGUUACCGACGGUGUGCUGGUGAGACCUUGUUGUCUGGAGUCCUGUGUCCUGAGCUGUUUCUGGGGCUGUGAGGUCAGUACCCUACAAGGAGUGCUACAUGCCCACCAGCAUGGCAUGAUGCUCAGCACCCACCAGCAUUUCCAGGAAGCCCUGAACCUCCACUACUAUUAUUGCCAGAAAUUCCAGUAUCCUAUUUGUUGCCCUAUCUCUUGUCUCCUGCAGCCUCUUUUCAUGUCUGCUGACAGCGGGGGGAUGUCUGGGUCUAAUGAUUCGGGGCACACUUUCACACCCAGUGACACUCAGAGUGAGGAUCAGAUCCCAGUGAUGGAGGAGGAGGACUGGUCAGAGGGGACGGAGGGCAGAGACUGUGUGGUGUGUCAGAAUGCAGCAGUGAACAGGGUGCUGCUGCCCUGCAGACACGCCUGCAUGUGUGACAGCUGCGUGUCCUUUUUCCAGCACUGCCCCAUCUGUAGAGCCUUUGUCCAGGAGUCGUUUGCACUGACACAGAGCAAUGACUGUCAGUGAACUGGUGAACACGAUAGAAGAGAUGACUACAAGGAUCUGUCGCCUGUGUGACAGGUGUUUUGGUUAGCAGCAGAUCAGACCUGUCUGUGCUCCUUUAAGGUCUGGUGGCUUUCUUUAAAACAUUCUCCAGGACUUUACGGCGUUACCCAACUUCUGCAGUGCUUCAGCUAGCCUCUGGGAUAGUUUCCUUUCUAGGAGAGUGACACUGCCUCCACCAUACAUGGAAGGAUGUUCUCGGGUUGUUCUGCAGUACUUUUGUUACAUUAAACAGUUCCUUACGUUCACUCAAUUCUUCAGCAAACAGGAGUGUUCACAGUAAUAUUGUGAUGUUUUCUCGCUCCUCUUGCUGAAAGUGGCAUCACUGUGACCGCUUAUGUUGUGGUUGUUACUCACAAAAGUAAUGGAUUAGAUAUUACUUGAUAAUCUUCCUAAAAGUAAUACAUUAUAUUAUUCCAUAAUUGUCUUAUAGUUACCAGUUAAUAAUUUAAAGCUGCAGUUCUGCACAACAUGCAUACAAGCUGUGUUGUACUUUUGACAUAUGAACAGAAAAACAGCCCAGAGUGAUGGCCGGGGUGAUUCUAUGGUAGAAAAAGGUGGAAGUGGAAGCUACAAGGUUAUUGUUGGCUUUGUUUUUCUUGUCCUUUAAUUCAAUAAAAAGAUUGUCCAGACCUGCACUCAU